AUGAAAAGAGAUGAAGUUCGUAGAAAAGUUGCAAUGAUUGGAAGUGAAUUGAGAAAAUACAUUCUUAAAUCCAAAGAAAUCCAAACUAUGAGAAAACAAGAAAUGAUUGACUUCAUAAUGAAGUUUAAAGACAUUACUUUCGCUGAAUCCGAAAUUUGA